AUGGAGUCGGAGGGGGCGGGGUGCAGCAGGAGGGAGCAGAGAUGUUUGGAGCUUUUUUUUAAUAUAAAAUUAUUUAUUUAAAUAAAAAUGGCCGCCGUGGAGAGCGGAGAGGAGAGACUGGAGGAGGGGCAAGAAGGUGAUGAAGGGCCAGUUGAACCCCAGCCCCCAAUGAAGGAAAAAGGCAGGUCCCACAGCAAGACCAAGAAACCCCGAAGGGAACGUCGUCAUGCUGACCGAGGGGCAGAGACCACAGCCUCAGCUACAACUUCAACAGCAGGGCAGCAGCCACAGACAGGGGCGGAGCCAGAGACUGAGAUGUCGGAGCCAGUGGCCGGUCCGUCAGAUCCAGGGUCAGAGUCUGCAGGCGGUAGUGAGUCUGCAGGAUCUUCUAGGCAGCGGCGCUCAAUCAUCCGGGACCGAGGGCCUCUGUAUGAUGACCCAUCUCUGCCUGAAGGCUGGACCCGCAAACUGAAACAGAGAAAGUCUGGACGCUCUGCUGGGAAGUUUGAUGUCUACCUGAUCAACUCGGAGGGGAAGGCAUUUCGUUCCAAGGUGGAACUUAUUGCCUACUUCCAGAAGGUUGGAGACACAACAACCGACCCUAAUGAUUUUGACUUUACUGUUACUGGGCGUGGGAGCCCCUCCCGUCGUGAGAAGCGCCCACCCAAGAAACCAAAGGUGGUGAAACCAUCGGGGCGAGGUCGCGGGCGGCCCAAAGGCACUGGGAAGAUGAGGCAGGCUACAGAAGGAGUGGCAAUGAAGCGCGUGGUUGAAAAAACUCCAGGCAAACUGCUGGUCAAGAUGCCUUUUGGCAAGGCAGAGCCCUCCACUGGCACCACAACCACCACCUCAAAGGUAUCUCCUGCUCUGGUACCCAAGUCCCGUCCUGGCAGAAAAAGAAAAUCAGAACAGGAACUUCCACCUCCACCACAGACUGCCCCCAAGAAACGGGGCAGGAAACCAGCGUCAGCCUCCACAGCAGCAUCAGUUGCCACAGCAUCCACCUCCUCUGCAUCAGCCUCUGGUAGCUCAGCAGCAGGAAGCUACGCUGCAGCUGCCAUCUUGGCUGCUGAGGCCAAACGGAGAGCAGCUAAGGAGUCUUCCACCAAACCUGUUGUCCAGGAAACAGCUCUGCCAAUCAAAAAACGAAAAACGAGAGAGACAGUGGAGGAGAGGGAGAGUGUUCAGACUCCAACGGCUACAACAUCUGAGAGUGGAAAGACGGCCACUGCCGAGGAGGAGAGCAGUACAACGGGAGGAGCUCCAAGCUCAGAGCCUCAGCCCGCCCCCUCUGAGCCGAGCCAGUCACAAUCACAGAAGCAGCCUUCUGCUUCAGAUGACAGCCAACCACACGGACACAAGACACAUAAAGGGCGGAAGCACAAGGACAAAACAGGAGAAGCAACAGGAGAUGGUGUAAUGAGAGGGGAAGAAGCAGGUGAAGAUGUAAGUGAUAAAGGAGGAGAGGGGGGAUUAGGUGGAAGGGGUAGCAGUAGCAGCAGUAGCAUUAGUCCAUCAAAAAGCCACAAAAGGAAGGAGCGAACACCUCACAAGCACCACCAUCACCACCACCAUCACCACCACCAUCACCAUCAUCGCCACCAACAGUCCUCUGUCUCAACAUUGGAUGAACCUCCUCCUCCUCCUCCUCCAGCCUCUGGACACCCAGCACCUUCUAGCCAGUCCAGGCCUGAAGUCGAGCCUCAGACUGUGCCUCAGCUCACCUCUCAACAGUCACAGCACACCCAGCAAGCUCUUCCCAGACCACAGUCUAAAUCUGCGCCUCAGUCCCUGCCGGAACCUCGAAAUCCUACCCCACAACCACGUCACCAGCCCCAGUUUCCCCACGAGUCCCAAGCCCAGAGUCGUUACCCAGCACCCCAGUCUUCUCCUACCCGACAUGUCCUGACACAACCACGGCCCCAACAGCCCCCAUCCCAAACCCACAGUCAGACUCAGGCUACCAACCAGAAAGCCCCAUCACAAUCUGUCCAUUCCCCAACCCAGCACCGAACCCAGGCUCAGCAUGCUCCACCUCAGUCACACCCUCCUCAGUCCCCCUCCAUCCUACACGUCCAUUCACACCAAACAAGGCAUCCACAUCCACAAAGCACAUCCCCUACAACACCUCAACCUCAAACCCAGUCAAGGCACCCAUCUCAACUCCAAACCCAGCUAAAACAGCAAUCUCAACCCCAGCCCCGACAGUCGCUUCAGCCUCAAAUCCAAUCCCAGGCCAGGACCCCAACUCAAGCUCAGAGUCAGUCCCAAUCCAGAUCUCCAGCCCAACCUCAGUCUCAGUUGCAGCCCAGAACCUCUGGCCAAACACAGCCUCAAAGCCAAUCCAGAACCCCAGUCCAGAUGCAACCUCAACCCCUGUCCAGGACCCCAGCCCAGGCACAGUCAACACAACAGUCCAGGGCCCCUGCCCAAAUGCAGUCGUCACCCCAUGCUAGGACCUCAGUCCAAACUCAGCUUCAACCCCAGUCCAGGACCCCAGCCCCAACUCAGUCUCAACCUCAGUCCAGAAACCAAGGUCAAAUGCAGCCUCAAUCCCAGUCCAGGACCCUAGCCCAAAUGCAGCCUCAAUCCCAGCCCAGACCUCAAACCCAAAUGCAGCCACAACCACAGCCCAGAACCCCAGCCCAACCUCAACCUCACCUGCAACCCAGGCACCAAGUGCAACCACAGACAAGGCACCCAUCGCAACAUCAAGUCCAGACUCAAUACAGACCGCAGUCCAGUCAGUCUCUCUCCCAACCUAGGCCGCCCCAGUCCCAAUCCCAGUCCCAAGCACAACCACACUUUCAGCGGAUUCAAUCACAGCUGCGCACCCAGUCCCACUCUCAGCUUACCAGGCCACAUGUGCAGCACCUCUCAUCCAGCCGACCAUCUUCCAGCCUAACCAGGACCAACCUCGUCCCUGCUCAGCAAAACCAGAGCGAACAGCCCCAAGACCUAAGCACCACAAGACCGGGCAGAGGGAGCCUGAUCUUAAGCCGGGAGGUCAGCAUGGAAGGUGUUAGGACAGAGGGGAGAGAGGAGUCAGCCAUGCCAUCAGAAAGCAGAGAGGUUUUAGGAGGAGACAGAGGAUCAAACAGCACCUCAAGGCCUCCCAGCUCCAUGCCUCCUGGACCUCCUGGAGUAGCCGGAGCCGGUCACGUGCCUGGGGCAGAUGGUAGGGCUAGGCUCCGGGCAGAGCCGGAGGCAGCAGGUGAGGGUAGGGAGCUCAGAGACAUCGUCCCACAGUCUGCUGUUCCCUGUCCAAGCCGAGAAGAAACCGUAGAGUCACGGACUGCCGUCAGUGAAAGAGUCAGCUGAUUGGUUGGACUGAUGAACAGGCCGACUAACGAUAGCCUGAUGGACUGAGUCAGCACCAGGCAGAAGAGGAGUAUGACUGGGAUGUUCUUGGUAAUGUUUUUACACCGUUUUGAGAUAGAAGGAAAGCGUGGCACAGAGCUGGAAGGACUGUCGCAGCUUCUUCUCUGUUUGAUUCUGUCUGGAGACUCUGUAAAGUUCUGGAGUUGAAAAUCAACCUGGCGCUGAGGGACAGCUCAAGAGGAGAAUGGAUAGUGUCUUUUUUUCUAGGAAAAACAAAUGAAAAGGAAAAACCGAUAAAAAAGUGUGUGUGUAUAUAUAAUCAAAAGGCAGCUGUUGUG